CGCUGGCCACGCUGGCCCGCCCGAGUCGUCGCCCUCCUCGCGCUUGCAUGUCUGCAGGCUUUGAUGCUCGUCAACUCGCCGCCAACAGCGCAAUGCCUGACAUGAUUACCGAUGAUCCCAACGCCGCAGCUUCUUCGAGGAAGACAACCUGGUUCAAGAACAGUCUUCAUCUCCCUGGAAAAAUCACUUCCACGACUGCUCCUUCCAAGGGCACUAGCUCGCAUUCUGGAAUCGGCCUCGGCGCUGGAAUCCUUGGAGCAAGCAGAGGCGCUCCGCAUCUUGCCGAACCGGCCUAUAGCAACAGCAAAGCCGACAAGAGCUCCAGAGAGUUUGCUGCAUUUCUCUCUGCUACCGACGACGAGUGGGACUCAAAGAUCGAAGUCCGCAAAACCGAUCCAAAGAUGGUUGGAGGUGGGCUGGCCGAUAUGAGCAAGAAUCCCAGCCAUGCUGGAUCAUCGAACGCUCUCAGGAGCAGCAUAGACAACUCUCCAAAGAAGGGCAGUCCAAUGACCGAAGAGGAGUCCAAGAUGCUUGGCGAGAUCGCAAAGCUAAACAGCAUGCAGAUACGCUAUGCCAAGUUCCGGACCCUUCUCGAGCAGCCAAAUAUUGAUCUUGACCAAUUACGAAAACUCAGCUGGAUGGGCAUACCCGAGGAGAUCCGGCCUACUGUCUGGAAGCUGUUGAUGAACUACCUCCCGUGUAAUUCCGAUCGGAGAGAAGCCACCCUCACGAGGAAGAGAAAGGAGUACGAGGAGUCGGUGGCCCAGUCGUUUGGUCGUGGCAAAGCCGGACUGGACCAAUCGCUAUUACAUCAGAUCCACAUCGAUGUCCAGCGGACCAACGCAACGAUUCCGUUAUAUCAGAGCACAGCUAUCCAAGAGGCGCUAGAGAGGAUUUUGUACUGUUGGGCCAUCCGACACCCCGCCAGUGGCUACGUACAGGGCAUCAACGACCUCGUCACCCCGUUCUUCCAAGUCUAUCUACAAUCCUAUGUCUCGGGAGAUGUCGAGAAGACCGAUGUCUCCAAGAUCAAGCCGGAAACCCUGACGGAAGUUGAGGCGGACUGCUUUUGGUGCUUGACAAAGCUCCUGGACGGCAUUCAGGAUAACUAUACGCACGGACAGCCAGGCAUUCAGCGACAGAUGACCCGACUGGCAGAGUUGAUCAGCCGCAUCGACGCGCCGCUCUACAACCAUUUUCAACAGCACGAAGUCAAGUUUGUACAGUUUUCAUUCCGGUGGAUGAACUGCCUUCUGAUGCGAGAGAUAUCGCUCAAGAAUACGAUCCGGAUGUGGGACUCUUACCAGGCCGAAGGCGCCGACGGAUUCUCGGAGUUCCACAUCUAUGUCUGUGCAGCAUUCCUGAUCAAAUGGAAGGACCAGCUCAAGAAGAUGGAUUUCCCGGAUAUCAUGAUGUUCCUGCAAAAUCCUCCGACAAGCGAAUGGGACGAUAAAGACAUUGAGCUCCUGCUCUCGGAGGCGUUCAUGUGGAAGGCGCUCUUCCAUAACUCGCCGAAUCAUCUGUCUGGCACGGGUGCAACCAACUCAUAGCGGCGCUGCCACACGAAUCGUCAGCAGUCACUGUUCCCGAAGGAAUACGCUCUCGCUGCUCUGCGCCAUGACGGAUCCUGAUUGUUUUCGUAUGUCCGCUUGACCUCCGUGUUGGCUGAGCAGUUGAAGGGUUUCGAGUAAAUGCAACCCGGGGUGCUUGCAGUGAAACUCGCACUCAUCCGCAUCGAUGCUCCAGCUGAGACUGCUUCAGUCAAAAAUGCAUGCGCAUUCCAAUAUAUUGGCCCGGCGCGCGGACAGGGUGAGGACCAAGUCAGGACU